CAUCUGUGCUCGAAUGGCCCCGGCCCCUGCCCAUGCCACGCCCAGUACAAUGCCAGUGUGUCAGUCCCAGACAGCAGUGGGCCUGAGCGAAUCCUGAGCAUCAGUGCAGACAUAGAGACUAUUGGAGAAAUCCUACUGAAGAUUAUCCCCACAUUGGAAGAAUACCAGCAGUACAACGGCAACGACUUUGAUUGUGAGCUCCGUCUGCUGAUCCAUCAGAGUCUGGCGGGUUCCAUCAUUGGAGUUAAAGGAGCAAAGAUCAAAGAGCUUCGUGAGAACACAAAGACCAGCAUCAAGCUGUUUCAGGAGUGUUGUCCCCAGUCAACAGACCGUGUAGUGCUGGUUGGUGGUAAAAUGGAGAGGGUGGUGGAGUGUAUAAAGACUAUGCUGGAGCUCAUCUCUGAUGCUCCAAUAAAAGGCCGUACACAGCCCUAUGAUCCAAACUUCUAUGACGAAACGUAUGAAUAUGGAGGUUUUACCAUGAUGUUUGAGGAAAGGGGAGGCGGCCGUAGGCUCAUGGGAGGCUUCCCUAUGCGCGGAGGCAGGUCCAGUGGUGAUCGUGGAUAUGACAGAAUGCCUUCCAGCAGAGGAGCACGCGGCCCGCUGCCUCCCUCGCGGCGCGAUUACGAUGAUAUUAGCCCACGCCGGGGUCCUCCUCCACCCCACCCCAGCAGGGUUGGCAGAGGAAAUGGGCGUCCACGUAGCAUGCCGAUGGGACACCCAUACAGAGGAGGCAGAGACGAUCGUUACUAUGACUCCUACCGCGGCUCAGAUGACAGGUCAAAUGACAGAAGAGGCAGACCGGAUCGCUACAGCGAUAACAUGAGCGGUGGUGGAUAUGAUAACAGUUCCUCCUGGGAUAGCUACCCGUCAGGUGGACGUGGCUCCUACAGUGACAUGGGCGGUCCUGUCAUUACCACACAAGUGACAAUCCCUAAAGACUUGGCUGGGUCCAUCAUUGGAAAGGGAGGCCAGAGGAUUAAACAGAUUCGCCACGAGUCUGGGGCCUCUAUAAAGAUUGAUGAACCUUUGGAGGGUUCAGAGGAUCGCAUCAUCACCAUCACUGGUACCCAGGACCAGAUCCAGAAUGCCCAGUACCUUUUACAGAACAGUGUGAAGCAGUACUCUGGUCAUUUGCUGUAGACCCCUGAGGGAGCAGAUUGAAGACAACUUGGAUUGACCCCCCCUUCCUCUUCUCAAAUCUCUUUGCCCUGGUCCAACACAUCCCCCUUCAGAUUUUUACUCUGGAUUGUGGGUGUCUAUUUUUUAUUUUAUUUUUGUAUUUUUAAUUAAAUAAAUGUCCUACAUUCCUGCGCAUCCACGAAAAUGUAGAAGAUCUGCAUUUUUAAGUGUAGUCCAACAGUUUGUCAGAAAUCUUUGAUUAUUAUUUUUUUUUCUUUAAUGUGACACAUUCAUCAAAAAGUCAGAUUUUCCUCAAAUAAUAAACUUAACCUUUAUUUUUGGAUGGAUUUGGUUUGUUUUUAUGCAUAAUUGUGGAUGUUUGUGUGUGUGUGUGGGUUUGUAUGCUUUUGGUUGUCUCCUACAAAUUUGUGUAACAUACAGAAUGUACAAUGUUCCUUUUGUUCUUUAACAGCUCUGGGUAAAGUUAGCUCUGUAGAAUUGAUUUUGCAAUGCUUAUGUUCAGAGUUCUGUACAAAUAGAAUUGAAUAAUUUGUACAAACUCUGUAGUGGUGUGGGAAAAAAUAAACUUAAAAUACUGAAGUAACUCCAAAAAUUGUUUGUUUUGGUAGUUAAAGAUUUAAGGUAGUAUAUUAGUUAUUGGACACACGCUGAUCUUUUCUAUUUUGUCUGCAAUUUCCUCUGCUCUGAACUCAUUUUCUCUUCAUUGUUGUGAACCUCACAAUGUCAAAUCUAAAGA